AUGGCGUGCUGGCUGUGGGACUACCUGCGGCGCAGUAGAGCCUCGGGCUUCCUGCUGCCAUUGUCGAGCGGUGCUGACAGCUCAUCCGUGGCUGCCUUUGAGGGCUGCAUGUGCCAGCUGGUUGCUAAAGGUCAGUACCUUCUCUAUGGGUGCCGAAUAUCCUUUUGUGCUUCCCCUUUUCCCGAUCCCUCUGUUCCCCUUCCUCUCACCUCCCACCUAUCUCUCCUCGAUGCCCUCACCUCCCAGGACACACGAUUAAGAGCGAAGCAGCUGGCAUCAGAGAUAGGAGCAUGGCACGUAGACAUGAGCAUUGACUCCGUGGUGGCUGCUAUGGUCGCCCUCUUCCUCACUGUCACCGGCCUACGCCCACGCUACAAGGUGGACGGCAGCAUAACAGCAGAAAAUCUCGCCCUGCAGAACAUUCAGGGGGGAGGGGGGGAGCAGCCGCAGGACAAGGGGGGGGAGAAGGGAAAGGAUGAGAGGCGGAAGGAGAGCACUGAUGAUGGACAGCAAAGGGAUGGGGAGGGAGGAGGAGGGGGAGGGGGAGAAGAGAAGGUGCCGACGGAAGGGGUGUUGGAGCGGGGCAAGGGGAGGGGAGGCGGGUCGAGGCAGCGGGGGGCGGAGGGGGCUUUCUGCUCGUGCUGGGCAGAGCCAAUGUGGACGAGGGGCUAA